ACAAAGUAAGUUGGCUCCAAGAACACGAGUUUGUCAUGCCAUCAAGCUCAUUUGACAGUAGCCUCUGCAGCAGCGAGGGUCAUCAUCGGCCUAGAUGUGGAUGUUGUUGUGGAUGUGGAGCCGGCUAUUUGCGAUGAGAAGCGACGAAUUGGUCUUCUGUUACGAGCGAUGCUCUGGCGCUGCCAUCAGUAGCAUGUCAGGGGGCAAGCCAAGCGGUCCAAACUAUUCAAUAUAAUUCUCGUUUCGUUGCUCGUGCUUAUCCGUCUCUACAUCUCCCUCUCUUUGUCUCUCUGCCGGAAUUCAUUGAAUAUAUUUUUGUUUUAUUUUUGUUCUGUUUUUGUUUAUUAACUUGAACGCUUUCGCGCUUCGGCAUAUUAAAAAUUUUGUCGCGAUCAUUUUUAGUACAUCUUUAAUCUAUUUUUAUCGGUUUUCUUCAUUGUUUUUAACUGUGUAAAAUAUUUGCAUGCCAAGACACGUGCAUUGGCGGCAAAGCAGCCAACAAAAACAACGACAAAAUUGCAAUGCAGCAUUUGCCUGGUUCUAUGGCUGUCUGCUGCUCUUCGGCAGCAUUUGUGGUUCUCAAGCACAUUUGCAUAAAUGGAAUAUACUACAAAAGGGUUUUCGAUUGAUGCAGGAGAGAAUGCUGAGAAGCAGCCUUGAACGCGCUCAUCUCAACUAUGGCAUUGUCUUUAAAUGCAGCACAAUCUCCGAUACGGAUCAUGGCUAUGAGGGAAAUUUCAAUUUGCAGCUGGGAGACCUUAGCGGAUUCCGACGAUUGAAUGCCAGAAAGAAAUUGGCUCUCUUUCUGCACGGUUGGAAUGAUCAGGGCAGUAAGGAUUGGGUCCAAGAAUUACUAUUGAACUGGACAGUAUUUGGCGAAGGUUACAAUGUGUGCGUUGUGGACUGGGGAAAUCUUUCACAAAACGAUUACAAAAGCGCCUCGAUGUCCAUCUUCGAUGUUGGCCUCACAGUGGCGGGUAUAAUCAUUGCUCUGGAGGAGAUGCGUCCCAAGCAUUUCGAUCGACGGAACGUGACGCUGGCGGGCUACAGCUUGGGCGCACAUGCAGCUGGCUAUGCGGGAGCCGUGCUGCUCGGCAAGGUGGAGCAGAUUAUUGGACUCGAUCCGGCUGGACCGCUGUUCACGCUGCCAGCGGCAGUCUCACCCAAAUACCGCUUAGACGAGACCGAUGCACAGUUCGUUCAAGUGCUGCACACUUCGGGCGGUACUUUGGGCACCAGCUUAAAGUGCGGUCAUGCUGAUUUCUAUCCGAAUGGUGGCAGAGCGCCGCAACGCAAUUGUUUGAUGUUUGUCAAUCUGCGUGAAAUGCAGAACACAAAUCCGAUUGCUUGCAGUCACUCGGCAGCUGCCAUCUUCUUUAAGCAGUCCAUGGAUCCCCAGUAUCCAUUUGUGGGCUAUCAAUGCGAUAGCUAUCGAGAAUUUGCAGCCGGGCGAUGCAAUGGCAAUCGACGUGCUCGCUUCGGCAUUCAUUCGCAGCGUCGCACACAAGGUAGCUUCUAUUUCGACACCACUUCCAGCCAUCCGUAUGUGCAGAGACAGCGCUGGGAGCGACGACGACGCUGGCAAAGGAAAAGGGCACGCAAACUCAUUGCGAGAGCAGCGAAAAUUCCACAGACAACGGCAAUUGCCGUGGCAAAGUCCGCGGCAGGUGGCGAGCAACUGCGACGACGUUAUUGGACUCGCAGCUGGAUGCGAAGAAAUAAUCGUUGUCACUUUUAAUAGCUAUAAACAUCAUAAAUUUCCAAUUCGCAAGUGAUAACAGCGAAUUCAAUACUAACAGCUUUUAACCACAAUCCAUAAAUUAUAUUGAACUAGAACUUACUUCUUUUCAUUUUCAUUAAACUUAAAUUACAAA